AGAGCGAGGUGGAGGGGGGACCAACUGCUUCACACUUUCAACACUGCACUGAAAGACUGGAGACGCACAGAUCCCCCCGAGAUCUCCCAAGGCUACAGUCCCACAGAUUAUAGAACAGAGCCCCAAAAAUCGAAACAGAGGAAACGGACAGCGAUUGAACAUGGACGAAGGAAUUCCUCAUUUGCAAGAGAGACAGUUACUGGAACAUAGAGAUUUUAUAGGACUGGACUAUUCCUCUUUGUAUAUGUGUAAACCCAAAAGGAGCAUGAAGCGAGAUGACAGCAAGGAUACCUACAAAUUACCGCACAGAUUAAUAGAAAAGAAGAGAAGAGACCGAAUUAAUGAAUGCAUUGCUCAGCUGAAAGAUUUACUGCCUGAACAUCUGAAAUUGACAACUCUGGGGCAUCUGGAGAAAGCCGUAGUCUUGGAAUUAACAUUGAAACACUUAAAAGCUUUAACAGCCUUAACCGAGCAGCAGCAUCAGAAGAUAAUUGCUUUACAGAAUGGGGAGCGAGCUCUGAAGUCGCCCAUUCAGUCCGACUUGGAUGCGUUCCACUCGGGAUUUCAAACAUGCGCCAAAGAAGUCUUGCAAUACCUCUCCCGGUUUGAGAGCUGGACACCCAGGGAGCCGCGGUGUGUGCAGCUGAUCAACCACUUGCACGCCGUGGCCACCCAGUUCCUGCCCACCCCCCAGCUGUUGACUCAACAGGUCCCUCUGAGCAAAGGCGCCGGCGCUGCCUCGGCCGCCGCCCCCGCCGGCCCCGCCGCCGCCCCCCUGGAGCGCGCAGGGCAGAAGCUGGAGCCCCUCUGCCGCACGAGGUGGCGCCCCCUGGGGCGCUGCACCCCCCGCACCCGCACGGCCGCACCCACCUGCCCUUCGCCGGCCCCCGCGAGCCCGGGAACCCGGAGUGCUCUGCUCAGGAAGACCCCUCGCAGCCAGGAAAGGAAGCCGCCUGAACCCUUGAAAGGACGGAGGUUCAACCGGAGUGAACAAGUUAAAACAUCCCUAACGUUUUUAAGAGAGGAAGUGUAAUAGAUGCACGGCAGGCUUAAAACAGAAACACAGGUGUUCUGUGUACAUUUGGAGUUCCUGUUUUGCUCAUCCCUCAGCACCCCACCCUCCACACGCUAACACCCUUCUCUGCCCCCACCAGCUGUGAAAGGUCUCCUGAGAUAGCUAUUGGUUCUUCUUUCUUUAAAGAAUCCCCCCGGAUAAGUUUUGCCCCCUUUUAGGCCGUGUUCCAUUAUCUUUUAAAAUGUGGAGCCUACUGCUAGAAGUAAGAAGGGUCUGCUCUGGGUGAGCUGAUUGAACCCGGGUAGGGGGGAAAGAUGCUAAUACCUUUGACGUCUUUGACUGGGGUUGACGUGGAACCGCAGAGAGUUGUUAUAUAGAGCUGCGUCUCAAAGUUGCACUGCCUGCUGUAGGAGGCUUUCCACAAACAGACUGAGGAUCUUUUAGAAUUAAAUUUACUCUUCAGUAUUGUAUAAUGUUCAGUUUUUUGAAAGGCAUAUAUUUUUCAAAGAAAAAGCAGUGAGGAUGCAGUUGCUCACGUUGCAAACUAUUCUGAAGUGGUUUAAAUGGUAUCUCUUAGUAACUUGCACUUGUUGAAAGAGACACGGAGUAGGGCCACCGUCAGAACUGUCAGGGAAAGAGAUGGAGGAGGAAGGCCACCAUCAUUCUUAAUACAUUUGCUAGCACUUUAUUGAGAAAUUGACCAUGAAUCAAUUGACUCAUCUUAAUUUCUUCUUAGCCCGUAUAUGUGUGUGUAUAUAUACAUGCAUAUCUAUGUGUGUGUGUGUGUAUAUAUAUAUAUAUAUAUCAAGUGCAUCAGUUCGUACUCUCACUAUUUAAUCCACCGAUCCAUCGUGUUCCUAAAGUUUUGUAAUCUUACUGUAAAAAAAAAAAAAAGUGCACUGAACUUAAACGCAAAAAAGAAAACAAGUCCAAACUGAUUUGUCCUAUAUCCUUUAAAUCACAAAAGUGGAGGAAGCAUGACACCGUCAGCUUUGACUGGAAAUGCUGUAAAGAUGUGAAAUGAAGCCCUGUGAGGCCUUC